AUGGGUGAUUCAUCGCCGGAACCGUUGGACGAGUUGGAUGAACCGACUAGUAGACGAGUUAUCCGAUGGCAAAGUGUGAGAGCGGUUGGUGAACCGAAUGGCUCACCCGCUGCACGUUGCCUACGUCGUACCGGCACAAUGCCGGCUAUGCGUCGACCACCUCAUAGAGGUUUGGGUGAUCGCCUGGAUGCGUUCAAUGGGCAACAAACGUAUCUGCGAGUUCCUGGUCAUUCUGGAAGGACUUCACCGAGUGUCGCUUCGAAUUUAUCUGAACCAGAAUCGUGUAUUGACGAUACUCGUUACGACGAUGACGAUGUUGGUAUGGGUGUAGCGAUAGGAAGAUAA